CCCGGUCGAUUUAGUUGCGCGUUCAGGAAGUGCGUAAAUGCAGAGCGCUCUAAAUAAUCCACUUCUAGCGAGCGCUGUUGCUAUUUUAUUACAUUCUUCAGCACAUAUCAGUGUGUAGUUUAAAACUGCUGCAGGACAGUAGAGCUACACUCAGCACAAGAUGUUUGCCGGGUUGCCUGAGCUCGGAAUAUCCAAUGGCGAAGAUCUGAAGGAAACUUUAACGAACUGCACAGAGCCUUUGAAAGCUAUUGACCAGUUUCAGAUGGAGAACGGCAUAUUGUUGCCGACGCUGCAGUCUGCGCUUCCUUUCCUCGAUCUUCACGGCACUCCUCGGCUGGAGUUUCAUCAAUCUGUGUUUGACGAGCUCCGGGAGAAGCUGAUGGAGCGAGUCGCUUUCAUUGCCGAAGGCAAAGACGAGGACAGAUACCACAAGUUGGAGGAACUUCUCGAGAAGAGCUUCCCGCUAGUCAAGAUGCCGUCCAUUCAGCCUGUCGUCAUGCAGGUUAUGAAACACUUACCAAAGGUGCCGGAGAAGAAGCUGAAGCAAGUGAUGGCUGAUAAGGAGCUGUAUAAAGUCUGCGCAGUGGAGGUAAAGAGGCAGAUCUGGCAGGAUAACCAGGCUCUGUUUGGUGAUGAAGUCUCUCCUUUGCUCAAGCAGUACAUCGUGGAGAAAGAGGCCGCGCUCUUCAGCAGCGAUCUCUCCAUCCUGCAUAACUUCUUCAGUCCUUCUCCCAAAACCCGGCGGCAGGGAGAGGUUGUACAGAAGCUUACUCAGAUGAUUGGGAAGAAUGUAAAACUGUAUGACAUGGUGCUGCAAUUCCUAAGGACGCUCUUCCUGCGCACACGAAACGUGCAUUACUGUACCCUGCGUGCCGAGCUCCUCAUGUCCCUGCACGAUCUGGACGUCAGUGAGAUCUGCUCCGUCGAUCCCUGCCACAAGUUCACUUGGUGCUUGGACGCCUGCAUAAGGGAAAAGUUUGUUGAUGCCAAACGAGCCCGAGAGCUGCAGGGUUUCUUGGACAGUAUGAAGAAAGGCCAGGAGCAAGUGCUCGGGGACCUCUCUAUGAUCCUGUGUGACCCGUUUGCCAGUAACACACUCGUGUUGAGCACAGUGAGGAACCUGCAGGAGCUGCUCAGCCAGGACGCCUUGCCCAGAGACAGUCCAGACCUGCUGCUACUCCUCAGGAUGCUCUGUCUUGGUCAGGGAGCCUGGGACAUGAUUGACAGCCAGGUUUUCAAAGAGCCACGCCUGGAAUUAGAAGUUGUUACACGUUUCCUGCCAGCCAUAAUGUCAAUAGUGGUGGACGAUUACACGUUCACUGUAGAACAAAAGCUCCCCAGUGAAGAGAAGAGCUCCCUCACCUACCCCAACACCCUGCCUGACACUUUUACCAGAUAUCUGCAGGAAAACAGAGUUGCAUGUGAGAUGGGUCUGUAUUAUGUCCUCCAUAUUGCUAAGCAGAGGAAUAAAAACGCUCUGCAGAGGUUGCUCCCUUCUUUGGUGGAGACGUACAAUGACAUGGCAUUUGGUGACAUUUUCCUUCAUCUGCUUACUGGCCAUCUGACCCUUCUGUCUGACGAGUUUGGCACAGAGGAGUUCUGCACAUCCGUUUUUGACAACUUCCUCCUCACGUCCUCCUCCAGCAAGGAGAAUGUGCACAGACACACUCUACGCUUGCUGAACCAUCUCCACCAGAAGGUGCACUCCUCAUCCAUGGAAACACUGAUGAAAACACUUGAACCACCCAAACAGAGCAGUGAGCCGGUAAAAGAGCUCUACACACAGCUGGUGGAAAAGAUUGAGGCGUCUAAACGGAGUCCGCCUGAACCCGAGGAAGCUCCGACCCUGGACCUGGGCCUGCACCCGGUCACCGUCCCCACCACGCCCACCACUCCUCUCUGAUACUGACGGCAAUCAUGCAGAGACGGAUGGCGACGCGGCUGUAUUUCAGUAAUGUGUUUGGAUCUUUUCUCUUUUUCUUAUCUAAAGGUCAUUUUAAAAACAUCACCUUGGUGCAGAAUGGCACUGUUGAGGGCUAGUGCUUGUUUUGUUAUGAGUGAGUAUUUUAAAGUGUGAUCUUGUUUAAUUGUUGUAUCAGUUAAAAGUGAUACUAUGUGUACAGUACUGUUGUGACUGACUGUAUGUAUGGAUUGUUUGUAGCCAAGCCCAGCUGUAAAUAAAAUUAUUUAGAAAAUGA